AUGAAUCCAGUCACCAUCAGCCUGCUGCUGGGGCUUGUCCUGCACACCGGACAGGUCUACUUCUCCUCAAAGCAGACACCCUUGUCCAAUCCAUCCUCUCUAGAUGUAGGAUUACUAAAUGUGUGUCCUCCGUUUGAUCCCGCGAUCUGCCCAUUGGCCAAGCCUGGACCUGAUGAGUGCAAAACCGACGUCCAGUGUCCCACAGACAAGAAAUGCUGCUGCUCCAACUGUGGCUGGAAGUGUGUCCCCCCCGUGCAAGUGAGACCAGGGCGCUGCCCCCCUAUCCUAGCCAAGUGUAAGCUGCCGCUGCUGGACCCCCAGUGUCAGAAUGAUACCGGCUGUCCUGGCAAACAGAAGUGCUGUAACAUUUGUGGGAAAAGCUGCUGGGAUCCAGUGGAAGAGCCCGGUGGCGUUUGCCCGCUGAGUGAGGUGAAGCCGGUAGGAAGCCUGCAGUGUGCGGCCGUUCUCUGCAGCCGGGACUUGGACUGCACGGCAGAUGAGAAGUGCUGUCUGUCUGGGGACGGCAAGACGUGUGUCAAGCCUUCCUCAGAAUUACGAAAUGUGUGUCCUCCGUUUGAUCCUGCGAUCUGCCCGCUGGCCAAGCCUGGACCCGAUGAGUGCAAAACCGACGUCCAGUGUCCCACAGACAAGAAAUGCUGCUGCUCCAACUGUGGCCUGAAGUGUGUCCCCCCCGUCCAAGUGAGACCAGGGCGCUGCCCCCCUAUCCUAGCCAAGUGUAAGCUGCCGCUGCUGGACCCCCAGUGUCAGAAUGAUACCGGCUGUCCUGGCAAACAGAAGUGCUGUAACAUUUGUGGGAAAAGCUGCUGGGAUCCUGUGGAAGAGCCCGGUGGCGUUUGCCCGCUGAGUGAGGUGAAGCCGGUAGGAAGCCUGCAGUGUGCGGCCGUUCUCUGCAGCCGGGAUUCGGACUGCACGGCAGAUGAGAAGUGCUGUCUGUCUGGGGACGGCAAGAAUUGCGUGAAGCCUUCCUCACAUGUGGAGAUGAGGUUAUUGAACAAUGGAUCUCUUUGGACAUGAAGCACCUUAUACGGAAAAUUAAUUAGCACAUCGUCUUUGUGACGGAGAAUUGACCCUCUAAUCCCACAUUUUCCAUCAUUAUUUAUCAUGUCCAUGUCAUGUCCUCCUCACCAUGAUCCUCGUCAUUACCUCGUUGCAUUUGCAUUCCUUCUGCAUUAUCUCGCCUAUUAUCAGCUGUUAUCUGUUAUGAUCUUUAUGUAAUGAGUUUGUUCAUUCACUUUUCAGUAAGAAUAAACAAAAGGGAAACCACAGUGACACUCAACAGAA